UUCGCCGAUCAAAAUAUGGCCGAAGUGAAAGACGAAGUUAGUUCACUGGAAGAUAGAGCCGAUAUGCCGGAUUUUGGAUUGACAAGUUUUAUUAAAGUUGCAAAAUGUUACGAGGGAUCCAACGUAAGAAGAGCAGAUCCAGAUAAAUUGAGAGAAAUAUUUCUUAAGUAUGCUAGUAUUGAAAAGAAUGGAGAAUAUUUUAUGACCCCUGAGGAUUUUAUUUGUAAAUUUUUGGGAAUUUAUCAAGAUGCAAAUUACAAUACUAAAACUGUGAAGUUGUUAGGUAAUAUUUUGGAUACAAGCAAAGAUGGCCUUAUAUCAUUUAUGGAGUUUCAGGCUUUUGAAGGAACUCUUUGUAAGCCUGAUGGCCUUUACAGAACUGUCUUCCAAUUAUUUGAUAUGGAUGGAUCUGGUUAUAUAACACAUGAUGAAUUUGUACAUGUGAUCAAGCAUACUCUUCUCCAUGAGAAGAUUCCAUUUAAUUUUAAUAGUGAAUUUAUGAAGUUGCAUUUUGGGAAAGAUAAACAGCGAUUUGUGAGUUAUGCAGAAUUUUCUCAAGUAAUUCAUGAUUUUCAUGAGGAGCAUGCAGUGCAAGCAUUUCGUUCAUACGAUAACAAGCAACAAGGAAAUAUUUCUGCUGUUGAUUUUAGUGCCAUAAUGAUGUCUGUGAAAAGUCAUUUGCUUACUGAAGAUGUUAAACAGAAUCUUGUAGCUGUAGCUGGUGAAGCACCUAGUCAUGUUGUUACAUUUCCUUACUUCAUGGCAUUUAAUAGUUUGUUAAAUAAUAUGGAAUUAGUAAAGAAAAUUUAUUUACAUUUUACCAGAGGAAAUACUAAUUUAGAAGUUACCAAAGAAGAAUUUUUAUCAGCUUCUCUUCAGAUGUCACAAAUUACACCUUUGGAAAUAGAUAUUUUGUUUGAAUUAUCAGGAUUUUUGCAUCAUCAUACAGGACGCAUCACUUUUGAAGAUUUAGAAAAAAUAGCACCUUACAGACCAACAAGGCACGUUUUAAGACCAAUAACAGAAAUGAAAGCAGUUGAUAGUCCUGCUGAUAGAGGUGUUGGUAUCCAAAUAUUAGAAAGCAUAUAUAGGUUUGUUCUUGGUUCUUUCGCAGGAGGUAAGUUAUGUUUCAAAACUAGACGCAUCACUUUUGAAGAUUUAGAAAAAAUAGCACCUUACAGACCAACAAGGCACGUUUUAAGACCAAUAACAGAAAUGAAAGCAGUUGAUAGUCCUGCUGAUAGAGGUGUUGGUAUCCAAAUAUUAGAAAGCAUAUAUAGGUUUGUUCUUGGUUCUUUCGCAGGAGCUGCUGGUGCAACAGUUGUUUAUCCUAUUGAUCUUGUAAAAACGCGAAUGCAGAAUCAGCGUUCUGGUUCCUAUAUUGGUGAAUUAAUGUAUAAAAACAGUUUCGAUUGUGCUGCAAAAGUGAUACGUCAUGAAGGAAUCUUUGGUUUAUAUAGAGGUUUGAUGCCACAAUUAGUGGGAGUUUGCCCUGAAAAAGCCAUUAAAUUGACAGUGAAUGAUUUUGUUCGAGACAAGCUAAGAAGCCCAAAGGGAGAGAUACCUGUCUGGGGUGAAAUAUUUGCAGGAUGUUGUGUAAGUUUCAGUAACUAUUUUGAAAUGGAAGGUGGACACUAUACUCAAAAUGAUGGGAUUAGUAUGGGUUCUGUAGUAGGACCAAAAUUGGCAGAGAUAGUGAUGAUCGACAUAGAUGAGAAAAUAAACAAAAUGCAAGAGAUACAAUUUUAUAGGCACUACGUUGAUGAUGUUUUAAUAAUAUACAAUGAAAGUGAAACUACAAUCAACAAUAUAGAAGUAACCAUAAACAGCAUAAACAAAGAAAUACAGUUUACUGUAGAAGAAGAGAAUAAAGCCAAUAAAAGUGUACCAGCAGCUUAUCUUUGUACUCCAGCAGAUGUCAUUAAAACUCGUCUGCAAGUCCAAGCAAGAGAAGGACAAACUACUUAUAGUGGUGUUCUUGAUGCUAUGAGAAAAAUAUGGAGGGAAGAAGGUGGACGUGCUUUUUGGAAAGGAGGACCUGCAAGAGUCUUUCGUUCUGCUCCUCAGUUUGGAUUUACUUUACUAACUUAUGAAAUUCUUCAGAGAUUAUUUUAUAUUGAUUUUGGUGGAAGUCGACCAACUGGUUCUCAGACAAAGAUACCUCUACAAGCUGGUGACAUCCGUUCACACAAUUCGGAUCAUGUUGGCGGUUAUCGUUUAGCACUCUCGACUCUCUCCGGAAUCGAAUCAAAAUUUGGUCUAUUUUUACCAAAGUAUCAAAAUUUUUAUAUAGGUGUACCAGCAGCUUAUCUUUGUACUCCAGCAGAUGUCAUUAAAACUCGUCUGCAAGUCCAAGCAAGAGAAGGACAAACUACUUAUAGUGGUGUUCUUGAUGCUAUGAGAAAAAUAUGGAGGGAAGAAGGUGGACGUGCUUUUUGGAAAGGAGGACCUGCAAGAGUCUUUCGUUCUGCUCCUCAGUUUGGAUUUACUUUACUAACUUAUGAAAUUCUUCAGAGAUUAUUUUAUAUUGAUUUUGGUGGAAGUCGACCAACUGGUUCUCAGACAAAGAUACCUCUACAAGCUGGUGACAUCCGUUCACACAAUUCGGAUCAUGUUGGCGGUUAUCGUUUAGCACUCUCGACUCUCUCCGGAAUCGAAUCAAAAUUUGGUCUAUUUUUACCAAAGUAUCAAAGUAAACUUCCGUUAAGUUAA